UCAUUGUCAAACAUGACUGUCAAAGGCCACCAACCAACUGAACCACCGCCACCGCCGCCGCCUCCUUCCAAAGAUACAUCCACUUCUGUCAUGUUCACCACAGGCAAAACCUUUGGGUCGCCCUAUGUCCUCGAAAGCAGCUCGGUGCGCGGCAGCAGCGACUACGACAUGUACGACAAGCUCGACGACGCGGACGGGGCAUUGCAGCCUGGCGGGGCGUUCUCAAUCUUCAGUCGCGAGUCGGUGGGGCUGCUGUGCCAGUACGCCGCCGUGGGUAUCCUCUCUGGCAUGCUUCCAUCGUUGGCAUAUCCCAUCUUCACCACAUACUUGCGCAUGGAAGGGUACCAGAUUGCAUCGUACGUGCCGCUCAUCAACUUGGCAUGGAGCCUCAAGGUGUUUGCCGGGAUCGCGUCCGACUGUUUUCCCAUCUUUGGGUACAAGCGCAAGUCGUACGUGAUCAUUGGAUGGGUCGUGUGCUUUGUCUGUUGUGCCGUGAUGGCGCUAACUCCAUUUCCGGCCCCCCGAUAUGCCAACGCUCUACGGGGCCGCCCACUCAACAACCUCACCGCCAAGGAGAAGCAGCUGUUCGUUAACAUGGACUCGGCGGUCGCGGGGUACCAGUUUGUGCUGUGGUCGAUGGGCGCAACGAUGGGGUUUGUCCUGGCCGUUGUGGCCGCUGACGCCGUCAUGGUGGAGCAUGCCCAGCGUGAGCCGCUGCACAUGCGCGGACGCAUCCAGACCAUGAUUUACGUCGUCCGCGAGCUUUUCCGCAUUAUCCCGAACGUAAUCAUCGGGGUCGGCCUCAGCGACUUUCAAUAUGGCGGCACGUUCGACUUUUCCAUUGCGCCUAACGUGAUUUACUGGAUCUUGACCGUGACCAGCGUGCUGGCAAUUGGGGCUAGUGUAGGGCUGCUCGUGGAAAAGCCGACCCCGGCCGUGCCGUUUCGCCAGUACAUGCAAAGUCUAUGGGAGCUCCUCCAGCUCCGCGUCAUGUGGCAGAUCUGUGCGUUCAGAGCGCUCAACUUUAUGGCACUGCAGUUCGACGCGACGCCCCGCCCGAUCGUCGCCCGUGAAUGGGUCAAGGUGACCCCCAUAAACAACGCCAUGUACACGAUUGGAGGGGUCACACUCAACAUGCUCACGUACUUUUACUGCGGGCGGUACGGUCUCGGGUGGAAUUGGCGCACGGCCAUCACAGUCGCGACCGUCGUGGCGGUGGUUCUCGAUGCUGCGAUCAUGCUUCCUGCGAUAUGGGGCGUGGCAGGUGCUCGCCACGAACACUUGUAUUUGUUUGUGAAUUUGGUCAACUAUGUGCCGAAAGCAGUGCAGUUUAUUGUAUCUGCGUACAGCACCGUGGAACUGGCGGACAUGGGCAACGAAGGCGCUGUCCACGGGCUCAUCACGACGAUUGCCAACGUGGCGUGGCCGGUGGCUGCGAUGCUGUACAAAACCAUCAACGGGGCAUUCAACACGACGUCUGCGACGAUGAAAACCGAUUCGUCGUUUGCGAGAUGGGAAGUCACGUACUGCUUUAUCAUUGCGUUUGCCGUCAAGAUCGGAUCACUGGCGUUCCUGGUACUUCUCCCCAAACAAAAGGCCCACUUGCAAGUACUCAAGCGCCGCGGCCGCAAAGACUGGAUCGCCGGCAUCCUCACGAUUGUCAUCUUUACGUUCUUCCUCGUCUACCAGUUCAUCACGAACGCCAUGAGUCUGUUUCCGGCCACGUUUUGCUGGCGCAUUGCCGGCGGACAAGGAAUCCCCGUGGGAUAUGAAACCUGCACCACCAAAAAAGUCGUCGUGGCAAUCUAAUUAUAGUUGUAGGUGCAGUAAGUCGAUCGUUCAUAUGUGUAAGUUUCGUGUCCAAAUGUGUUUCCUCCAUAACACAGUUAAUAAUGCUUCUAACGUAAAAAACCAAUAUUUAUAUGGCCCGAA